CGAACUCCCCGCAAACAUGAGGAUAGAGGUGAAUUCGGCCGCCGACUUUCUGAUGAACCUGCUCCGGGUGCGGAAGGCGAACCAACUGUCGGAAAGCCAGCUGCAGCAUUUCAAGGGUUCGCUGGAACAGAUCCUGACCCGCCACUUCCAGUGCCACUGGUACCCGGACGUGCCGACGAAAGGGUCCGGCUUUCGGUGUCUCCGGAUCAAUGGCAAGAUGGAUCCGAUCAUCGAGAAGGCGGGCCACGCGGUCGGGCUGAAUACGGUCGUGCUGCGGAAGCUGCUCCCACUCGAGCUAACGAUCUGGAUCGAUCCGGACGAGGUGUCGUACCGGAUCGGGGAGAACGGUACGAUCUGCGUGCUGUACGAUACGGCGCAAAGCCGUGCCAGCCCGUCGUCGGAUCUCGACUCGACCGGCAGCAGCAGCGGCAUUGCGUGCGACGAGUUCAUUAUGGAGCGGGUCGGCCGGCUCGAUCUGUCCGUGUCGUCGGUGGACAGUGGUAAUGGGAGUGCGGGCGCCAUGGUGGUCGACUUCCUGGAGCAGCAGCACAACAGCACUAGCAAUGGGAAACCGCACCAGCAGCAGCAGCACCAUAACAAGUACAAUCACAACCAAUCGAACAAUAACAGCCACCAUCACCAUUAUGCGAAGCAGCGCCACAGCAACAGCAUGAGCUCGUCGUCGAGCGGACAGACUAGUCCCCCGCUAAGCCCACCGUACGGUGCCGCCGCCGGCUUCCUGAAUCAUCAGCAGCAGCAAAAUCUCGCCAGAUACCAGGCUGCCCAGCAGCAGCAGCAGCAUCCCCAUGGACCGCAGCAGCACAGCAACAACUACUAUCCGGCAGCCGCCGCGAACGUACACCAGCCCCAGCAGUACUUCCCCUGGGACAACCAGUUCGUCAACAACAAAGUGCGCACCCAAUGUUAA